AUGGCGGCCCAGCUGAGCACGUCCGCUGCGGUGGCGGCGGCCGAUGAUACGUGGUCCAAGCUCCCGGCCGAUCUUCUCGGCGAGGUCUACGGCCGGAUCGUUUCCCCUCUCGACCGCGUCCGCUUCACCGUAGUCUGCCGCUCAUGGCGUGUUGUCAAGUCACGGCAACAGCCGGCGCCGACUUUGCCAUGGCUCAUCUUCUCGUCGUAUCAUGGCGGUGCGAUGCGCGUGUUCUGCCCCAUGGACGGUGUAUCCUUACGCCUUCAGCUCCCGCCCGAGGCAGUCCACAACAGGCUCGUCGGCUUUCAUGAUGGAGGCUGGAUCGCCGCCGCAUCCUCUCGCGACGGUGGUGCUGGUGACUGGCUAACGAUUGUCAAUCUCUAUUCUGGCGUCGAGGCGCCGCUCUCCGCCAAGCAACGCGCCACGCCAUACAUGGACAAGUUAGUGUGUUCGGAGCGCCCCACGUCAAAUCGUUGCAUCAUUGCCGUCACUACGGCCGGGCUCGCGGUGUGCAAAGUUGGAUGUCGCAACCAUAAUUGGUGGAGGUCGAGAGAGCGUAACCAUUACUACGACAUCGCUUUCUACGAUGGGAAGCUAUGUGGCCUACUCCGCCGCAGUCUACAAAUAUACACAAUUAGCAUGACCAAGAACAGCGAUCUGGUGGUCAGCAUCACCUACGAAUUGGACAUGAACCAACUACCCAAGUGUGUGGGAUCCGACGACGUCAGCUACAUUUUCAAGCACGGCGACAGGAUGUUGAUGGCCAAACGAGCCCAGUGGACGACAGUGCAGAACAGGCUUUUCUUCAAGGAUCCGGUGAACCGCACCCGAGUGUGCGUUGGCAGUGCGGUUUCGCUCGACCACGGCGUGGUUCUGUGUUGCUAUUGGCGAGUUGGCGCCGAGGCAUGCGGUGGUGGUGGCGGCACGAGGGACACGGUGGUGGUGGCGGCUCGGAUGCCGUAG